CCACCGCCCUCUCCCGCUCUGAUGGCAGCGCGCCAACCAUGGCGCCCCUCCAUCUUCACCCCUCCCUCGCUCCCCACCGGCAUCCUCCUCCUCCUACCAGCCGCCGCCUCCUCGUCGUCCCGGGCCCUCAGGUGUCUCCUCCCGCCUCCCCCGUGCCGCGCGCGCGACGUGCUCGACGUAGUGCCCCGGAGAGACGGCAGGGCUCCGACCCCGGGAGCCGAGGUCGGCGGCGUGGCGCGGGAGGCCGCCGCGGCGGGGCGGGCCCGCCGUGGCGGCGGCGCGGGGCGGUGGAGGAGAGGGGAGGACAGGCCCGCGCGCGGGGAGCGUGCCGCCGACGGGGAGGCUCAGGGGAAGGGCGGUCGGGGAGGGGAGGCGAGGGAUGGGGAGCUCAGUGGGCGCGGCAGGGAGGGGAGGCGCUGGGCGAGAGGCGAAACUCCGGCGCGGCGAUCUGGAGCUGGAAAUUUCGGUAGAGGCGAGAAGGGGGCUAGUGGGAGCGUCGGCAAGAAGGGGAAGAAGAAAGCGAAGGCCAGUGCGAACGAAGGCAAGCUGAGAGUCGAGCUCGACAUGUGCUCAAAGAGAGGAGACGUGAUGGGGGCUAUCAGCCUGUAUGACUCCGCGGUGAAGGAAGGGAUCAGAAUGGGGCAGCACCACUACGGCGUGCUCCUCUAUCUGUGUUCUUCUGCGGCGCUUGGAUUCGUGCAGCCGGCGAAAAGUGGCAAUGCCGGUAGUGGGAUUGCUAGUAUUGGUCAAUUAGAUUCGUCGUCCAUGGAAAGCGUGGGGAAUUCGGAAGGCAAUGAUGUACGGUCUGAAGGUCUCUCCGAGGAUCAGGAGGGAAGCAAGAUCAAUUUGUUUGCUUCAGAUGAUGGUGUGGUGGAGAAACCAAGUAAAAUUGCAGUGAGUGAUGAGCUGAGGGAGUAUGCAAGAACUCGAGGGUUUGAGAUAUUUGAGAAGAUGUGCUCGGAGGAAGAGAAAGUUCCCAUGAGCGAGGCGGCCCUGACUGCAGUAGCUCGUAUGGCAAUGUCCAUGGGCAACGGUGACAUGGCCUUUGAUAUUGUGAAGCAAAUGAAGGAUCAGGGUAUUGCGCCAAAGUUGCGGUCAUACGGUCCUGCUUUGACAGCAUUCUGCAAUAGCAGCAAUAUUGACAAAGCAUUUGAAGUGGAAGCACAUAUGUUGGAGUCUGGUGUCAGACUUGAAGAGCCUGAGUUGGAGACACUUCUCAGGGCUAGUGUAGCCACACGUCAAGGAGACAGGGUUUAUUAUUUGUUGCAUAAGUUUAGGACUACUGUCAGACAAGUAUCUCCAUACACAGCUAAACUACUUGAGGCCUGGUUUAGGAGCACAACAGCAUCUAAAGUGGGGAAGAGAAAAUGGGAUGCAGGUGUUAUAACAAAAGCUAUAGAGAACAAUGGUGGGGGAUGGCAUGGGUUGGGAUGGUUAGGAAGGGGUAAAUGGACCAUAUCACACUCACACAUCGACAGUAAUGGUGUAUGCCUUGCUUGUGGAGAGAAAUUGGAUAUUAUAGAUCUUGAUCCAAAAGAAACAGAAGAUUUUGCCACAUUGGUGGCUAAAUUAGCUAUAAAAAGAGAGAGGAGAUCAAACUUUGAGAACUUUCAGAAAUGGUUGGAAAAGCAUGGCCCUUUUGACGCAGUUGUGGAUGGUGCCAAUGUUGGCCUUUAUAGUCACAAGCAUCUUUCCUUGAGUAAGAUUAAUAUUGUUGCUGAUGUCAUGCGGCAAAGAUUUCAAUCGAGAAAGUUCCCAUUGAUAGUUGUGCAUAACAGACAUCUCACAGGAGAGCGUAUGCAAAAACCUUCUAAUCGUAAGUUGGUGGAGAAGUGGAAGCAAUCUAAUGCUAUUUAUGCAACCCCUACUGGCUCAAAUGAUGAUUGGUACUGGUUGUAUGCUGCUAUCAAAUGCAAAUGCUUGAUAGUUACCAACGAUGAAAUGAGAGACCAUACAUUUCAACUCUUGGAAAGAGAUUUCUUCCCCAAAUGGAAGGAAAGGCAUCAGGUACGCUUCACUUUUGAGGACAGCUGCGCCACACUUCAAAUGCCGCCUCCUUGCUCAGUUGUAAUUCAGGAAUCUGAGAAAGGUCAGUGGCAUAUCCCUAUCUCUGAGGAAGGUUUGCUAGAGACGAAACGAACCUGGUUAUGUGUCACGCGGUGCAACUGACAACCAUAUUAUGGUGAAGAUCAAGUUUAGAACUACAAUGUGAAUAAAUCACUAAAUGGUUCGACAUCACUGUAGGGACAAAAUUGACCAUUCUUUUUUGAACAUUCAGGAUCAGGAACUGACCCCCGUAUGUUAUUAAGGUGCUGUUACAUACCAACAAUUCUUUCAUGCACGGAGUUUCUUCCAUUAAGUUGGCUUGUUUCACAUGUUCAAUAACCAGAAUAUGUAAAUAGCACAUGCAGAAAAGGUAGGCCUGACUGUUCAACAUUCAGCUACUAUUUGUCAAACGAUGGGGCCUCCUGUUCUUUAUGUUCUAUACAAUUUAAUCAUUCGACGAGGUAUUUUAUGUACUACUAUUAUCAGCAUGUAGUUUGCUGCUGUGGGCUGUUGACAUUUGUUAGGAUUGGAAACUCAGCAUUGCCCAAUUUCGGCUCACCUACAAACCAUUCCUUCAUAAAAUCGUUAAAAAGCAAUGCCCUUGCGAAACCUCAGGGUUUGUGUUUCGUCUGAUCUCCUUUCAAGUGGUGCCCUUGGUGUCACCGUUGAAGAUGGCCUAAGACACCUUACGACGCUCCAAUGUUUUUUUUUCUUUUCUUUUUUUAUUUUUGUGUGUGUUGUUGUUGUUGUUGUUGAGAAAAUCUAAGCUCGGCUAUCGGUAAGCGGCCUUAUUUCAUGUUUUGCUAUCGAUGAAUGGCAGUUCCAGGGAAUAUUUUGUUAUGCUUUUCUAGAUCAUUGAUAGAUGAAACCAUGUAAGUCUUCAUUUGUGUUGCUAGUUGUUUGGUGUCUGAAGUUCUCUGUGUUUUUUCCCCCUGAGAACGUGAGCAUUAGGCUGAAUUCGUUGAUCUGAAUUAAAUGUGCCGUUUUUCCUGUGAACAUGGCCUUCAGGUUGAUUUCGUUGACCUGAAUUAAAUGGGCCGUUUUU